AUGCACCUUAUGUACACCACCGACGACAAGGGAAACCGCGUCUACACCCUCAAGAAGGUCAACGCCGAGGGCAAGCCCACCAAGUCGGCUCACCCCGCCCGCUUCUCGCCCGACGACAAGUUCUCGCGUCACCGUGUCACCAUCAAGAAGCGCUUCGGCAUCCUCCCCACCCAGCUCCCCAGCAAGCCCCUCUAA